CGUCUGACCCCCACCCGGGGGGGGCAGAGCCCUCGGCCCAACCCUCUCCGCAGGUUCCUGCGCUCGGCUCGCCCGCCGGUGCCAUCCUCACCUGGGCAGCGAGGAAAAGAAGGACGCCGCCACCAGCGCCACCCCCGCCACCCCCGUCCUGCGCGGAGAGGCCACCGGCAGACCCUCCCCGAGAAGCCGUCGGGGGGCCGACGGUUCCCAACGCCCCCCCACCCCGAAGUCAGGGACCGGCAUCAGCAAGAAGAGAAGGACCCGCUCUGAUCCCUUUCCGAUUUGGGUUUGCAACUGGAAGAACUGCAAAAAUGACGCUUCUGGCUUCUGAACGAUCGAUGAUGAUCCGAAGCAAGUUCCGUUCUGUGCUCCAGCUGCGGAUGCAACACCGGCGGUCUCAAGAGCAGCUCUCUGAACGUCACUUAAUGCCACCGCUGAACAAGCCCCUUGCAACCUUCUCACAGCCCAAUGGGGGACAGGGCCAGAACAGGGUCAAUGAGGCUGCCAAGCUGAAAGUCUUGCCCCGGCCUCACAAGACCAGCACUGCGAAGGGCCAAGCAGCGGAAGUGCCUGUGGGAGAAGCUGCUGAGUUGCAGGACAAAAAGGCUCGCUUGGCUGAAGACCUGAGUGAGAAGAUCCUACACCGUCCUGGGCCUCUUGAACUAGUGAAAAAAAACAUCCUCCCCUUGGAUCCGGGCAUCAAGGAUGCCAUGAUGGAUCCUGCUGCUCCCGAUUCCUUCAACUUUGAAGAAGAUCUCAGCAGUUCAUCUUCAUCUUCUUCCCCGUGUUUUGCACUAUCACCUGGAAGUACACCUGGGAAUCCUGCUACCUCUGGAACAGCCUUUCCUCUGGACCUACCCCCGUUGCUGGCUGAUCAGCAGCCCUCUGGGUCAGCAUCCACGUCUGAGGCCGAGUUCCCUCUCCAAGGGGGGAGUCCCCUUGCCAAAUCCUCAAAUUCGCUUCUUAAGGCCCAGCCCAAGGCUUCUGAGGCCAAGAAACCUCCACGCCCCAAGAAGGCCAAGGAACCAAGACCCAAAAUAAAGAAACUCAAGUACCACCAAUACAUGCCACCCGACCAGAAAGGAGAGCAGGCCCCGGUGCCCAUGGACGCAGCCUAUGCCCGCCUCCUGCAACAACAGCAGGUCUUCCUGCAGCUUCAGAUCUUGAACCAGCAGCAACAGCCGACGCCAACAACGCCGGCCACCUUCUGCGUCCAAGCCUUGCACGCCGUCCCAGCCAGUACUCCAGAGCAGGUCCUGAGCUUCGCUGGGACACCCACCCCACCGAGCGGGCCCCCUCCGCUCACUCUUCCCUCUCCAGCUGCGCCAGCCUCCCCUUCACCACCAAAGCCGGAACUAUUGCCCGCCAAUUUGGAAGAGCUAACGGUCUCUGAACUCCGUCAGCAACUCCGUAAGCGGGGGCUCCCUGUUUCAGGCACCAAGCCUGCCCUGCUGGAACGUCUCAAGCCCUACCAGGUGGUCCGGUCCAAGCCCCCACCUGUCCCCCUCUCAAGCCCCCGACUGUCAUCCUCAGACCUAGAAGAGGAAGCCCAGGCCCUGAGGGAGAAACAACGGCUUGCUGAGAACCUGGCUCUAAAGCUUCAUCAGGAGCAGAAACAUCACGACAAUGAUCUCCGUGUGGAGUUGGAGAUGCACAAGCGGAUCAAGAACCGCCGCAAAGGAGCACUACCUUCACCAAGCCAGCAGGGUGCGCCACCGCCUUAUGUCCCAAAGCUCGAGACCGCCACUGAUGCAGGAAGCCGGGAAGAUGGUUUUAUGGUUUUAUGUCCUCCAGCCUGUGAGCCCAUUAAUUCUGAUCUGGAGCUGCCCCUUGAAAUCACAGCCAGUCCUCCUGACCCAGCCCCACCAACCCGUUCUCUUGAAGAGGAACUCCAAGAGGCCAUCCAGAAAGCUCAGCUGGUGCCCAGCCAGUCCAUUGAAGACAUCUUGGAGGAACCACUGGUGUGUACAGGUGACCUUCUUCAAGCACCUGCCUUGACUUCAGAAGUCUCAGAUGACCGAGUUGCCCCAUCUCCACUUUCCCAUCAAGAAGCAUCACCACCGAAGAAACCCCGCCCCAGCAGUGAUCUUCCCUUGACGGCCUCUACCAUCUUUGACUUCCCUGGACCUUAUGAUCUCCUCUCAACAGCCUCUUCCUCAUCUGCAUCACUGGACUCUCUGUCCACUGUUUUCUCCCCUGACUCUCUGGAGAUGCCCCCCUCUCCCCCAAAUGCCUGGCAGAGGAAUGGGACCCAUGCUGGAUUUGAUCCUGUUGAUUGGCUAGAGGCCUUGACCUCAGGUUCUGCAUCAGGCCUGGGUUCUACUAGCCCUGCUGGUGGCAGCAUCUUCUGUACAGACUUCUUUGAUUCUUCUGACCUUGGUGUUAACCACAUGAUAGACCUAAUGGUGGAGCAGUGGUAGAUGGAGUACUUAUAGUGGCCCAUCUGGAUCUCCAAGACCUGAAGGAAAAGGGGGACAAUCCUCCUUAUGCCCUGCAAGGUCACAGUAGCACUGGAUACCAUCUUGGACAAGAAUGAUGGUCUUUAUGGUCAGCAUCAAGGUUCAUCCAAGAUGGACUUGUUUCUGCUAAAGGCAAGUCUAAUCACUCCCUUGGAAGAAUUAAGUUGCUGCUGUUUGGGUUGUGUUAAUUCCAUAUCUCAUCCUGAAUGUCCAAGCAAUCCCAGAAACAUUUGUUUACCAUCAUGUGUCCAUCCUGAGACACAAAGAAGCAACAUCCAGAAGGCCAACAACCAGGCAGCCCUGUAAAAUCAUAGAUCAGGAUUAAUUAAAGCAUAUGUUUUUCUGAAAUGUCAGCUUCUUACGAUAUCUUGAACAAAGCCAAAGUUUGGAAUAGCAUUGAUUUUUGGAUGCCAUCUUGGCUGGAAACCAAACAGUUGACAUCUGCAUUCUUAAUAACUUAGGAUGCUAUCUUGGCUGGAACCAAGCUGUAAAUUUCAGAAUUCUUAACAACUUUGAACCCAUCUUGGAUUAAAAUGCUGGCGUAUCCAUCUUGCUAAUUUUACUUGCCAUCUUGAUCCUUAAAUGUCUGCGUCAUGAAGCCCUAACAGCAUAAGAAAUGCGGUGGACCAAGACAACUGCAUAUUCAAGAGGCUGUGUCAAUAUCAACAUUGUACACAUCCAAUUCCAGUAAUGUAGGUACAGUGUAGUUGAGGAUGAGAAACUCUGAUUCUCCAUUGGUUGAGGUGUGCCAUCUUGUUUUAUCAAAGGAAAGUGCCAACUCAAAAAAUAGUUUGGAUUGUGCCAUCUCAGUUCCCUGUGCCAAGGGAGAAAAUGCUGUAAUUUCCAGAGGCCUCCUUGAAUGGAAUGCACCACCAGCAGCAACCUUAUAUUUUUGUGAAAUAGUGGGAGAAGGAUACCAGAUCCUUGUCACGUCUUCAUAGCUGGUCCAAAGAGUUGAGACUGGAAAGGGUGCCACUUUCAGAAGAUUGUGAAAUUCUAAUUCUUCAAUUAUUAUUUCCAUUUUUACUUGCUGUUACACAAAACGGAGAGCAUAAACAUUAUUUGGGUCAGAGGGUGGCGUUGUGUGCCAUCUCCCUAGGAAAGCCGGAUAUGAUGGGUCCACUUUCACAGAGAGAUAGCAGUGGUGGGUCCUGUCCCAGUAACCCAAGGUUGCUGGGAAAUUUAUACCAAUAGCAUUAUGGAAGGAUCAGGGCACAGCUGUGGUAACAGCUCAUGAUAUUUGGAUACAUGGAGCAUAUCUAACCAAAGACUCAGUCUGGUUUAAUAACAAAUCAUUCCAUCUCCACUGGAUUUCCUGGGAGUUGUAGUACUGUAGGAUUCUAGAGCAAUGUCUCUCCUUCCAGAUGUUGUGUUGCAACUCCCAUUAGCCCAUUGCUAACAUAGCUAAUGACAGAUGAGAGUUCAGCAACAUCUAGAGGGCUGCAUGUUUCUCCUCCUUCCUCUGCAGUCACGUAAUCUUUGCCAGGAUAAUACUAUUCUGGAGGAGAAGGGUGGAACCAUGGCAGUUUAAGUGAUAAAAAAUGGUUACAACAUGGAAAGUAGAUAUGUUCUUAGGGUGUGCGUACACCUGCACUCUCAAACUGAGACAGCAUCCAGAUCUGCAAUAACAGGAGCUAGUCUGCAGUGCACAAUGUAGUCUCAUACCAUUACUGUCUCAUGCAUACAACCAAGGUAAAAGAGAAAACACAUUUUGCUUCUCUGAAGGAGAAAAGAUACACAUGAUUCCUGACUAGAUGGAUAUCUACAACAUUAUGGACUAUCUCUCCCUUACCUCCCAAUAAUAAUAAUAAUAAUAAUAACAACAACAAGAACAACAAGAACAACAACAUUUAGAUAAGUAAAUAGAUACUAUAUGAUUGUUCAAGUUGUGUAAUAGUAUAAAAGGCUUCAACAAACAGAAAAAUUGGAACAGUCCACUAGAAGCACGGAGGGGAGACGUCA